AUGGGCAAGCGCAGGCAUUUCAAACCUGAUUUCACAGCCGCGCUGGGCAAGGUGCUGGUGACGGUGGUGGCACGGGACCUGAUGGCAGAGCCCAAGCCUCCUCCAGAACCGCGGCUGGAUGAAGCUGGAGCAUCCACAGCAGGAGCUGCUCUGCGCCCAGACCCAGUGCACAGCCCAUUGGAACCUGCACUGGGUCCGGGGCUGAUGCCCCAGCCCAGGGACAGCCCCGGCGCCUGCCAGGACCUCCAAACAGAUAGUGGGAAUGCUGACUUGGAGCCAAACGUGCCCCAGCUGGACCAGGAUACAGCUGAGACCAGGAUCCCGUUGGAUGUGGAUGUGGCAGGAAUCCCGCUGGACGUGGAUGCAGAUGAAGCAGGGGUCCCACUGGAUGUGGAUGGGACAGAGAUCCUGCUAGAUGUGAAUGCAGGUGGGACAGGGGUCCCAUUGGAUAUAGAUGCAGAUGGAGUAGAGAUCCUGCUGGAUGUGAAUGGGGCAGGAAUCCCACUAGAUGUGGAUGGAGCAGGGAUCCCGCUGGACGUGGAUGGGGCAGGAAUCCUUCUGGAUGUGGAUGCAGAUAGAGUAGGGAUCCCGCUGUACAUGGACACAGACAGGGCAGGAAUCCCAGCUGACGUGGACACAGACAGGGCUGGCAUCCUGCUGGACAUGGAUGCAGAGGGGGCAGGCAGCCCCCUGGAUGCAGAUGGCACGGAGCACAAGUGCCUGACCCUGGAAGAGCUGGGGGACUACUUCCAAGAGUGCAUCGAAGCCGUGGAGCAGCUGGAGAAGGAGAGGGACAGCCUGAUUGCAGAGCUCAGCCAGCUCCGGGAGCCAGCGCUGCAGGAGAUCCGUCAUGCCCACGAGGAGAUCCAGGCGGCGUGCCGGCUGCUGGCCAAGGUGGAGCUGGAGAGGGACAACCUGAAGGAUGAGAUCCGUCAGAUCAAGCAGAAGCUCUUCAAGGUGACGAAGGAGUGCGUGGCUUGCCAGUACCAGCUGGAGAGCCGGCGGCACGACCUCUCCCAGCACGCUGCUUACCGGGGCGAGCUGGAGACCCAGGCCGGGCAGCUCUCCGGGGAACUGUCCCAGCUGAAGGAGACCUGCGAGAAGGAGAAGGAGGUUUUGAGGCAGCGGCUGGAGGCUCCUCCGUGCCGCCAGGAUAACCUGUACCUGCAGGAGAGCCGCCGGCUCUCCAUGGAGUUCGAGAGCUUCGUUGCGGAGAGCCGGCGGGGUCUGGAGGAGCACUACGAGCCCCAACUGCUGCGGCUGCUGGAGAGACGCGAGGCGGGAGCCAAGGCGCUGCAGGAGAUGCAGGGGGAGCUCCAGGGGAUGAAGGAAGCCCUGCGGCCCUUGCAGGGGGAGGUGAGCCAGCUGCGGCUGCAGAACCGGAGCCUGGAGGAGCAGAUCGUCCUUGUCAAGCAGAAGCGGGAUGAAGAGGUCGGGCAGUACCGGGAACAGGUCGAGGAGCUGGAGGACAGGUUGAAGGAGCUGAAGAACGGGGUCCAGCUCCAGCAGCGCAAGAAUCAGGAGCUGGAGGAGCUGAGGACCAGCCUCCACCAGGAGCUCUCCAUCUACAAGAGGACUAAGGGACAGAGGGAUCCGCAGGGGACGUCUCCUCUUGCUGCUUACCCUACCCGAGGCACAGCAGCUGCCUGAAGUCAGGAAUACUGGACAAUCACUUGUAUUUCUCCAGGUGCUGCUGCUAAUCGAGUAGUAAAACUGCUGAGCAAAUACUUGCACUGAACCAUGGACACAGAUGAAGAAUAACGGAUGGAUGUUGUGCUGUGCUUGGGAAAACGUGUCUUGUUCCAGGGGUGGAGGGUAUGAGCCUGCCCAGAAAGCAGCGCUCUGGGAGCCAGUGUUACAGAGUUGGUUUUUAAAGUUUACAUGCAAGAGAAGCUUCAUCGUUUUAACAGGGUUUUCUUUUGUACUUCAAGGGUCUCUGCUGUAUUGGGACAUGCUCCACCGUGGGCCACAGCUACUAGUCUGUGGACAAUAGGUUUCCACUUUAUAUAUAAAGUCUCACACUGAAAAUAAA